CUGAGCUGCCCACUCGCGUCCUUCUCGCAAACUCUGAAGGACAGAAUUAACAAAAUUUACAAGAACUUUGAUCUCGCAUGGUCACAGAGAACAAUAACUUGAAUAAGCAACAGUGAUCCACUUCAAGCUUGCUACGUAGUGCAGAAAUUAUGGCCACGGCACAGAAUGGGAUAGAUUCACAAGAUGGGUCUGCAGUGGAACUCAGCAGUGAUUCUCAAACGACGAGCAAAUCUGAGUUCAAGUUUACGGAUGGAUUGACACUUGAAAAUUUACGACAGAUGCAGGUGGAUUUUAUCGACAAAAGAAACUGGGAUCAGUUUCAUUCCCCUCGCAAUGUCUUACUGGCUCUGGUUGGAGAAAUUGGAGAACUGGCAGAGAUUUUUCAAUGGAAAGGGGAAGUCACUGAAGGUUUGCCAGAGUUUACAGAGAGAGAAAAAGAUCAAGUAGGUCAGGAGAUGAGUGAUGUUUUACUGUAUCUUGUGGACUUGGCAAAUAAAUGCCACAUUGAUCUCCCUUUAGCCGUUAAAGCCAAAAUGGAACAAAAUGGGAGAAAAUAUCCAGUGGACAAAGCUUAUGGCAGAGCCAAUAAAUACACUGACUUAUGACA